AUGCAGUCCAAGCUCCUCCUCGCCGCCGCCGCUGCCACCGGCGCAAUGGCAUUCGAGAUGUCCGGCACCCUCCCCCGUGUCCUCCGCCGCGCCGGCAACGACGCCCUCGAGGCCCGCGACAAGACUGCCUGCGCCUCCGUCUGGAUGGCCCACUCCACCAUCGUCGACGACUUCCCCACCGAGCCCACCGCCCUCGCCACGGAGACCAACCUCGACAUCCCCCAAAUCACUGACCCCUGCGUCUUCCCCUCCAUCACGGGCCAGGCCGGCCAGAUCAUCACCUCCUACUCCUCCGCUCUCCAGUCCUGGCAGGACGCCCACAUCACCGAGAUCCGCGACAUCUACUCCGCCUGCAGCGACGUCCCGGAGGUCGCGUCCGCCCUGGACGCCUACGGCAGCGCCAUCUGCUCUACCGCCCUCGCCGUCCUCACCAGCGGCGAUGCUACCGCCACUGCCACCGGUUCCGGCUCCGCUGCGACCGCCACGGGCACGGCUUCCGGCUCGGCUUCCGCCAGUGCCACUGCCUCUCGCUCCGGCUCAUCUGCCUCUGCUUCUGGUGCUUCUGCCUCCGGUAGCGCUGCUUCUACCACUGCCGCUGCUGCCGCCGCCGCACCCCGCGAGACUGGACUCUUUGUCGCUGCUGCCGCUGCCGCGGCCGGCAUCGUCGGCGCCAUUGUCCUGUAA